GGCAAUAGCACACACGGCGGCCCUGUAGGGAGACAGACAGGUCGUACCCAGGCGAGUCAGUCAGGUCUCGACGCGGGUGGGGAGAGUCCACGCCGCACCUACGCUGCACGCCAGGCCCAGAGACAGAGCCAGAACCAGUACCUUGCCGUAGUGCACCACCCUGACUUUAACCUGUCGCCCAUCUCACCCGCACCACAGUCGUCGUCCCAGACACCUUACGUAGGUGGGCAAGGAGCGAGCCGAGGGGGGUUGACUCUCAGUCUCUACUGCGUAGUCUCGAGUCUCUCGAGGGCUGGGCUGGAACUGGGACUGGAACGCCCGCCAAGUUCCGUCUCCUGCGGCCCUUUAGUCUCGCACACUGGCACUGACUACUGA